AUGGUUGGAGAGCUGGCAGCCACAUUGGGUCCUAAGGCAGAGCCUAGAGUCCGCCUGGCGGCGGUGCGGAGUGGAGACCCAGUGGCGGAAGGCAGUGCGGUGCUGGGGCGCGCGGCGCGGUGUCUGGCCGGGGGCUCUGCGGUGCUGGGGCGCGCCGUGCGGUGUCUGGCGGUGCGGGACCAGGGGACGGGUUCGCUGCUGGGGCGCGCGGGCGCGGUGUCUGGCCGGGAGGGCUGUGCGGUGCUGGGGCGCGCGGAGCCCGGCGGGGCAGGGGGCGGUACGGUGGCUAGGCCCCCGUCAGGGCCGCACUCCUGUCGUGAGGGGACAGCACAAGCACAAAGCUGUGUCCACAUACAGCUUUCACACACCUUUGUACCGGAACCCAGAGAUUCACUUCAUUCAUUCAACAAGGUGAUUUUCAAAGCCAAGUCAAAAUAUUCUCCAGAAUUACUCAAAUACCGGUUACCCCUCUACCUGGCCUCACUCUUCAUCAGCCUCGUUUUCCUGUUGGUGAAUUUAACCUGUGCGGUGUUGGUGAAGACGGGAAACUGGGAGAGGAAGGUCAUUGUCUCCGUGCGUGUGGCCAUUAAUGACACUCUCUUUGUGCUGUGUGCCGUCUCGCUCUCCAUCUGUCUCUACAAAAUCUCGAAGAUGUCCUUAGCCAACAUUUACUUGGAGUCUAAGGGCUCCUCCGUGUGUCAAGUGACUGCCAUCGGAGUGACCGUCAUCCUCCUCUACGCCUCCCGGGCCUGCUACAACCUGUUCAUCCUCUCGUUUUCUCAGAGCAAGAACGUCCAUUCCUUUGAUUACGACUGGUACAAUGUAUCAGACCAGGCGGAUCUGAAAAACCAGCUGGGGGAUGCCGGAUAUGUGGUGUUUGGAGUGGUUCUUUUCGUGUGGGAGCUCUUACCCACCACCUUGGUCGUCUACUUCUUCCGAGUUAGAAACCCUACAAAGGACCUUACGAACCCUGGGAUGGUCCCCAGCCACGGAUUCAGCCCCAGAUCUUACUUCUUUGAUAACCCUCGAAGAUACGAUAGUGAUGAUGACCUUGCCUGGAACAUCGCCCCUCAGGGACUUCAGGGAAGUUUUGCUCCAGACUACUAUGACUGGGGACAGCAAACAAACAGCUUCCUGGCACAGGUGGGAACUUUCCAACCAGACUCCAUGUUGGAUCCUGACAAGCCAAGCCAGGGGCAGCAUCAGUAAAAAAUUUUAUGGAAGAUUCCUCAAGUGAGAGGCUUCAGAGAGACUAACUUAAUGACAGCUGAAUUUUUAAUAAGGCACUUUUCCUUAAGAAAUAGGACUUGAUUUUUAUUUGUUACAGGUUUCUAAUGGCUCCAUAGGACUAAGCAAUAAUUUAGAUUGAUAAAAACCUUAUUUUAGUACUAAAAAGUGAGCCUGGCCACCUAUUUCAGUGGGUAUAAUUUAAACUUUAAAAAAAUUCUGUACUUUUAUAAAGAUGUAUUUUAUAUAACUUAAUGCUAAAAUAUAUACUAGGAUUUUUUGAGAAUGUUAUUGCAAUAUAUGUUUGUAGUUUGCACAGACUUUUAUGCAUAAUUCACUUUAAAAGCAUACAGUACAUGGUCUGAUGGUUGUUUAAGGCUUUUGGACUAAAGUGUUCUUUAGGUCCUCACCUCUUCGGGUCAUGCAGAUCCGAAGCUUCUGAAUCAACUCAAAAUACAGUUGACAUCUCGGAAAGCCAGUUGCAACUCCAGUGUUAAAAGUUAUGAUGUAGGAGAAUGUCCAGGACUUGUACCAGGUAAUUGGCCCCUUCCUCUGAGUUAAGGUCCAGGCAGUUGUUCCCUCAACUAAUCUCCUAAAUUUUGCCAAAAAGGUGGUAUCAACAGGGCACUAAUGCAUACGCUUCGGUGAUGAGUCGGUGUGUUAAAAACCGAGUGGACUCACACUAUUAAACGUGCUCUGCUCUAUGUGGAAACUUUCCCUGGUUUUUCAGCCCGGUGAAAUCUGAUAAGCGGUACCUGAGGGCCUCUGCAGGACAGCGCCAUUCCCAAAGCACCGAUGGUUCCUUACCUUCAAGGAACAAAGGAGAGGUUCUCGCAAGGGGAUGAGUCAUAAAUGCCCUUGAUCCAGAAGACUCAACAGGUUUCCUGUAAUUUCCCACCGUAUCUCCGUAUCUCGAGUAAUGCCCUUUAUUUUU